UUGGCGCGAAAAUCCCCGCGAAAGAAACCGCGGUUCUCGGAAAGCGAACGAGCGCGUCGUCGUCGUCGCCCGGGCACCACGGCUCGUGCCGAUGCUCGUGCCCCCCCGCGUCCGCGCUCGGCCAGUGCGUGGACAUGCGCGGCGUGGACGCGAGGUCCUGCGACUACGACGAGCUCGUCGCCGCCGCCGCCGGGUUCUGCCCGUCCAUGGGGGUGCUCGGGUCUUCGUUUCCUCCUCUCGCUUCAUCCGAGUCGGCCGGUUCGUCCGAGACCGUUCGCGCCGGCAAACUCGGAGGUUUCGCGUGCCUUCCCUCCGCGGACGGGCUGGCGUCGUUCCUGUGCGAGCCCGUGAGCUUCGGGUCGUGCGCGUGGAGCGACGAGGCGUGCGGCGGCGAGACGGAAUACGCCGCGACGCGAUCGGCGUCGAGCUCGUUGGGAGGAGUCGGAGGGCGCGGCGCCCGCGGCGAGCGGGCCGGCGGCCUCGUCCUCACGACGCCGUCGAGGGCGUCGUACGUGGACCUGAGGUACGGGUCGAAGGACGACGUGGAAAGUCAGGGAAGCUCGGACCUGGGCGCGGACGAGGCUGCCGACGGAUCGACGUCGGCGGAGGGUCGCGCUCGACUGGACGACGGCGGCGGGUCGAACAAUCCGCGCGGGCUGAUCCACCAGACGCGGGAGACAAUCGCGGCGCUCGCCGUGCUCGGCGUGGCGGCGCUGCUGAUGACCACGCGCGUCGCCCGGGCGUACGUCCUCGAUCCGAUCUUUUCGCCCGUCGUGAGCCCGACGGUGUUGAACAGCGUCGGCAUAGACCCGGAGACGCCGCUGACGCCGGCUGAGAAGAAGGGCGCGAGGUACUACGGAGGGUUGGACUAGCCAGACGAUCGACGAACGGCACGCUAGACUACCUUGUACUAUACUACCACACG